ACUUGAUACAAUUGUCGAUACAGAGCAAUGCGAUCGUAACAUACCUUGCGCCCGAUGUGUUAAGCGAGGCGUGCCAGAACUAUGUCACAUGGAGGCGCCUUUCAUGCCGAACCGCAAAAACAAACGGAAACGCGAUGAUGGCGCCUUCUUGCAGGCCAUGUCAGAACCAGGAUUCGAUUGGAACGCUCGGGUGCGAGCGCUAGAGGAUCUACUGCGCACAAAUCCAGCCGCAUUUGCGGACCUAGAUCUCAACGGCAGUUUAGUGAAUGGAGUAUCCAGCCUUCGAAUGCCAAUGUCCGAUAUGCCCACAGCGGACGAGCAAGAGAUGCAGAAUCAGGUUCAAGCCGUAAUCAGUCUGAUUAAUCAAGCUCAAGCUGCGCAGCAACAGUUGGGACUCGAUGCUCAACAGAGUUUAUCGGACCUGGGUCAGCUUGUUUCGACAGGGCCUAUGCUACCCUCGGCGCCGUCUAUGCGAUCCUCGCCUAUCCCUGGCCCGACGAACUCUGUACCCGAACCUCUGGCCGUCAAGGUGAAGGUCGAGGAGAACAUGUCCGUGCCCAAUUCGCCAGUCCGGCCGGACCGCCCGCGAUCGCCAACUCGACCGCCUUCUGCAUCCGCGCUAGCAAUCUCUGACAAAACAAGCGAGUCUCAAUCAUUACAGCCUCCUCCUGGACCCUUCCGUCCAAGCGUUGUUUCACCUGUUGCAAGAUCGCCGUCAGCACCAGUUUCGAACAGGCCAGGCAUAUCUCAACAGGUGAAUGAUCUUGCAAAGGCGGAUACUCGUCCGCAUACUCCCUUGGCAACUCCGCCUCCGCCGCCACCUGCUCCAACAAAUCUUCCUCCAGGACCAUCCGCAGCCACGCCUCCUCUGCCAAAGCCAAACCUUGUUUCGAAAGAUGAAGUUGUCGGUGCAAAGUCGCAAUCUUUGCCAAAGGAGAACGGUGAUAUGCAGGUUGACACUCCCCCACCUGUCGAGGAGCAACAACCGCCAAGCGAAGAUGUGACUACGACAGGCCCGACCGCGGCAGACUCUCAAACGGACGGCGAGUCUGUAGUGCUUGGACCGUCAGGCAACUCUUCCGACCAGCCGAUACGGAUCGAUUCGUCUCCUGUGAAGGCGGGACCACUGUCAGAACCAGCGGAUCAGCCUAUGGAAGCGGUUGUGCCGGAUCAAUCAUCACAUCCGCAAGAGAAGCAACAACCGACUGGAGGGCGGAUGGAUGAGGACCCAGUCCCAAUUGACGUUACGCCGACGCCGACGGCCGUGCUACCAGCCAAAACAUCGGACCAAAGCGGCAACGACGUUGCUCCUAAGCAGGAGGACAAACCCGCUCAACUGCUGGUACCUCAAUCCAGGAAUGACAGCAAUCGGAAUACUGGAACGCUCAAUAUCCCUGCCAAUCUCCAAGCUGAGUUGGCCAAAUUGGCCAAGGGGGUACAGGAUUCGGCGUUUGGAGACGAUAUGAACGACAGCGGGAUGGAUAUCAACAUGGAGAAUAUUCUCGGAGACCCCUCCGCGCUCAUCGCGCAGCUGGCUAGCACGAUGGGGCCACCGGCAGUUCCGCCGUCAUCUGUUCUCGACGAUACUCAGAAUGCGAUGCUUAUGGAUAUGAUCUCGCAUCUCGCCAACGGAGGCAAUGCAGCGCAAAGCACAUCUUUGCCGAGCGGACUGGCUACGCCGACAUCUUUACCUGUGGCUGCGCCCGCUACAGAUCUCUGGAGUCAGGUUCCGCAGGCUAUACCAGAGACGAAUCAGCAGGUUGCCAAUUCUUUCAUGACUGACCUGGGCCACAAUAAGCUCAAUCUUGGUCUGUCAGGCUUUCGUCAAGACGAUGGUAGCAUUUUUGUCCCGCCGACUACCCGAUCCAUCGAACGGUCGAUGCAUAUGCGAGGAGGUCUCUCGCACGAUGCCCUGCCAAUAGAGGGUCAUGCACCGUUCCUCGAACUUGGGCUGAAGUUUGCAUACGGCAAAGAUGGUCAUGCCUUUAAGGAUGGCAGAAUUGCCGCCGUCCAGGCAAUGUCCUUGACCGGGGCUCUCCGGAUUGGCGCGACGUUCCUCUCCCGUUUCCCCGCUGCAUCAGCCCCGAAAGCGAUCUACAUACCGAAUCCGACCGUUGAAGAAGAGGCGUUUGCCAUCCGGGAUUCCGGCCUAGAGAUCAAUCUAUACCGUUUCUUCGACAGACGGACAGGCGGGGUCGACUGGGACGGCAUGCGUGAAGAUAUUCGAAACGCUCCCGAGCAAUCGAUCAUCUUGUUGCACGUUGGUGGCAGUACUCCUACCGGUGCAGAGUUGUCGACAGCGCAGUGGCGGCUCAUAACGGAAGUCAUCAAGCAACGACGGCACAUCCCUUUCUGCAUCAUGGAGUAUCAGGGCCUCUCGAGCGGAAACGUGGACCGAGAUGCUCAGCCACUACGCACCAUGGCCCACAAACGAAUACCCCUUGUCCUGGCUCAAACCUUCGAUGCCGCCAUGGGUUUAUACUCUGACAGUCCAACAAUCGUCUCUGUUGUCACGAAUGUCUCUGCAGACAAGCCAAGAAUCGAGUCUCAACUGCGAGCCAUUUCGCGUACAAUGCAUGCCCAUCCCCCACCAUGGGGGGCGCACGUAGUCGCGAAUAUCCUCGGAAACGAGACGGUCUACGCCAACUGGUCGCAAGAAGUCAAGGCCAUGGCGGAUCGCUUGAAGAGCAUCAGGGACAAGUUAUUCGAUCAACUGACGAACCGCUUGAAGACGCCCGGGAAUUGGUCUCACAUCCGCAAGACCCAGGGAAUGUACUGCACCACCCUCUUCACACCGGAGCAACUUCAAGUCCUCGGGUAUCGAGAACAUGUCCACCUAUUACCGGAUGGAUGCUUCUCUCUGGGCUGCCUGAACGCCGCCAAGAUUGAACAACUAGCAAGGGCUAUCGAUAAUGUCAUCCGACAUCCACCACCGGUGGAAGAUGACGAUCUGGCUGCACAAGCGGCGCUACAGAUCGAAAUGGCGUUACGCCAAGGUUUCGGUUUGAGCGCUGGAUUCUAAAUGACGGAGCGAGGCAGUUAUCUAUCUGCCUGGCUCGUCCAAACACCCAUCUGUAUCUCACUUCGAUUUCGAGUCUAUCAGACCGCUGAGUAUCACACGCCAGCUUCACAAAUGCAUUACUUGA